AUGUCAGACGAUAUACAUCGGAUAAUAGGGAAUAUUUAUAUCUCGUCAAUAGGACCCAUCAAUGAACAGGUGGGUCUCUCGCGAAAAUACGGAAUAACGCACAUAGUCUCGGUGAUCCCCGGAGACCUGCCCUCCAAAUACACGUCCCCACCAUAUUCACAUUUUCAGAUCCCAAUUUUGGAUGACAGAGAUGCAGACAUGUUGAAAUGGAUCGACAAGUGUAAUAAAUUCAUUGACAUGGCGCUUUAUGGUGAGGUUAUAGCCAAUGGACAAGGAAAGGGUCGCAAGAGCUUGGGCUCCGUGUUGGUGCACUGCGCUCAAGGUUCGUCGCGAUCGGUGGCAUUCGUGGCUGCAUAUUUGAUGCAUUGCUAUGGACUUAGUGGCGAAAUGGCAUUGCAUGCUAUUCAACGCAAAAGGGAUGUCUAUCCGGCCGGUUGGUUUGUUUCGCAGCUUGGUGUAUAUGAAGAGAUCCUGAAAAAUGGAGACGAGCAGGUAACGGAAAGCGAAACGUAUUUGAAAUGGACAAAAAGACUGGAAUAUGGUGAGGAUGAAGUGGAAGAUACAGGACCAGAAAGAGAGUUGCGAUGCAAGCGGUGUCGGCAACGGUUGGCGCUUUCCAGCUCUUUCAUCAGGCAUAUUCCACCAGAAUCUGGAACGGCCCAGGCCCAGUUUCACAAGCUCAACAGAUGGGGAUAUGUAGUGAAAUCUGAAGAAGCCGCUAGCAAUUGUACGCACUUCUUCACCGAAAGGCUGGCCUGGAUGAAGGAGGAGCUGGAUAAAGGUGAGGUCGAGGGCAAACUCGCAUGUCCCAAAUGUCAAGGGAAGGUCGGGGGUUACAGCUGGAAAGGCUCGCGAUGCAGUUGCGGAAAGUGGAUGGUUCCGGGGAUUCACUUACAGAGCGCGAAGGUGGACCAGGUCGUACGGAAUGCAGAGAAGAAGAACGCAGAAGUGGCCGAGAAGGAAGAGGGGACAGAGAAGGCAGUUCAAAAUGCGGUUGUUUAG